GUCAUAUACUACAGCUUGACACUCGUCAGGUCGACAGACGCUGCCUUGGAAACGACAUAAAUCCAGUGCAUGCAGCUGGGUUUCGAGCAGGGACCUACAUUUCAUCUCUUCAAAGGCUUCCGCCCCUCUGCCACCCUCCUCUUCCUCAUCCCUUUCUCCAUCCAUUCAUCCACCCAUCCAUCCAGUCAGCCCCGAGCAACGCGAGCAUGGGCGAUCUGAAAUGAAGCGCAGCGCAGGAAAGGAGGCACGGCAAGGAGCUUAGAGAUAACCGAGAGGAGGUGACGGGAGGUGCCGCAGCCAGGUAAAUGCAUAGAGCAGCAUGCCGCUGGUGAAGAGGAACAUUGAACCCCGGCAUUUGUGCCGCGGGGCGCUGCCGGACGGGGUGACCAGUGAACUGGAGUGUGUCACCAACAGCACACUGGCGGCCAUCAUCAAACAGCUGGGCAGUCUGAGUCGCCAUGCUGAAGACAUUUUUGGAGAGCUGUUCAACGAAGCCAACAGCUUCUACCUGAGGAUGAGCAGCCUGCAGGAGCGAGUGGACCAGCUAGCUGUGAAAGUCACUCAGCUCGACUCCACCGUAGAGGAAGUCUCACUGCAGGACAUCAACAUGAGAAAAGCAUUUAAGAGCAGUACCAUUCAAGACCAGCAGGUGGUGUCCAGGACCUCUGUGCCCAACCCCGUGGUGGAGAUGUACCACCGCUGUGACAAGCCCCCGCCACUCAACAUCCUCAGCCCUUAUAGGGAUGACAAGAAGGAUGCACUGAAGUUCUACACCGAUCCUUCCUACUUCUUCAACCUGUGGAAGGAGAAGAUGCUGCAGGCCACGGAGGACAAACGCAAAGAGAAGAGGCGGCAAAAGGGCUGUCCGGCCCACCCCGACAGGCCCCACUCCCGACAGGCCCAACCCAGGAGCCCCCUGUCCAUCUCUGAGCAGCAGAGGCAGGUGGAAGACCCCAGCAGAGAGGUGAAGAAGGUGCGUAAGGCUCGUAACAGGCGUCAAGAAUGGAACGUCCUGGCCUACGACAAAGAGUUCAGACCUGACGCCAGGCUCACCCCCUCGCCUUACCACGGCAUGUCUUCUGAAGGAUCUCUGUCCCCAGACAGCAGGUCAAUGGCAUCCGACUCUUACCCAGCAAGUCCCAACCACCCAGCUACCCAGGCCCCGAGCGCCGCCCAUCCCGCUGACCACCAUGGCAGGGAACACCUCGCUACCGCCCAGACACAGUCCCUUGAUCGUGUCCUGAGGCCAGCCAACCAGCCCCCUGGAGCUGCCGGAGCAGGACCCCCGGGUCGACACGUAGCUUCUCUAGGCAGGACCCCAUCAGCACACGGUGCCCAGGCCGGAGGAGAUCCGACAGUUAACGGGCCGAGGCAACAGUCGAUUAAGGACUACCGAGCUGGGCACGGUGGGCAGCCCUCCACCAUCCCAGAGUACUACAUUCCCCCGGCCCCUCCCCCACCACCCCCAACCAUCCCCUCCGCCCAGACGGCCUUCGAUUCUGCCACGGCACCGCCCUCUGCCGCCGCCUCCGCCAUCCCUCCGACCUCCUCUGCCCUCUCUUGCCACUACUCCCCCUCUCCUCCUCCUCCCCCGGCCAACUAUGUACCCUCACCCGCCCACCCCCCUUCAGGCGCACCCCCAGCGGCUCCUCCGCCCCCACCUCCCGGAAUGCCCGCGGGACACCAGGCUCACCCGUCCCCGCCACAUGCCGUCGGUCAGGUGGCUGUCGAUUCGGCGCCUUCGACAAGGAAGUCGACCAUGCUGGGGAUGAUCCCGAUGAGCGAUGCCCGCUCCGACCUGCUGGCCGCCAUACGUAGAGGCAUCCAGCUGAGGAAGGUGCAGGAGCAGAGGGAGCAAGAAGCUAAGCGGGAGCCUGUUGGGAACGACGUGGCCACCAUCCUAUCGCGCCGCAUCGCUGUGGAGUACAGCGAAUCCGACGACGACUCUGAGCUGGACGAGAACGAGUGGUCUGACUAAAAAUAAGAAAAGAGAAAAGAUGAGACGGAGCAGGGAGGCUGAACUGGUGGCACUAACAGAGAGGGUGAGGGGAGGGAAACGUUACAUCGAGUCAGUAAUGAAGAGAUUGUGUUAGUUGCGGUUUGCAUUUUAACUACGAGGUGAAAUGAAAAACCAAUCGUACAUUUGUUUACACAGACGGUCGGGCAGGGCUUGGGGAAGGCUGAGCAACAGGUUGAUAUUUUCAGCAUGCAUGGUUGCCCCUCGCAACGCCUCUUCUUCAACUGCGAGCCCAGAGGCUUUUGUGUCAGACCACCUGUGGUGCGUGGCACAACAAACGCACCUUCCAUCUCAGCAGCCUUCCGCCCCCGUCCGCUCAUUUUUAACCACACACACGGAGCUGUGAAAAAAAACAAACCCAUAAGCGUCUCCCCCACCUACACAUUUGAGUGGUAAUUGUUAGCUUUGUGUUGGCAGGGCCCCUAAUGAGUAUGGGCUUAAUGUAUUUAUAGAACACCUGGUAUAGCACAAAAAGGUUUUAUCGAUAGUGCAAUCUUGACUUAUCUGCCAAAUGUUCCCAAAGAAGUUUUGGAAACAGUUCAGAAUAAUCAGGGAGAAUGAUAGCUUAUUAGCGGAUUACUGUGCCUGUUUAGGAACCGUGCACACUCAUGAUAGACAAAGCCACACUUUUGGGAGUUCGGUCCUCCUGACAAACAUCUGACAACCGGAUCAACGGCAACAGCCUUUAGGGAUUAAACAUAUGAAAUAGUAGCUUAAUAUCUCAUCAGGUUUGCUUUCUUUGGUUGUGUUGGAUGAGUUUUUAUUAAAACCACACUUAAAAGUACACGGUUAGAUUUGUGAAAAUGUUGCCAUGGAUUUUUCCAUAUAUAAGUGCAACUACAUUUGUAUUUCGUCAAAAUCACACUUUUUCAUUCCGCUCAACGUCCCUUUGAUUUACAAACUUUAUGAACGUCCAGCUGCUUUAGCAAUUAAUAAUAAAGAGUCCGUAUUACGUUUGUUUCUGAUCUAUUGCCACUAAACAACUAAUUUUCCAGUACAUAAAGAGUAAAGCAAGCAAAACCUGACUGAACUUUAAUUGUGUAGACCUGUAGUGUCAUUAAAGUUAAUAAUGAUGUAUGUCUGUUACUAAAGAAACACAUAUCAAGAAUCCAGAGUUAAAUUGCCGGUGUGUGAACACAUGCCUGUCAAAUAAACCUGAUUCUGAUGCUGUAAAAGAAAAAGCUUUGCUGCCAUCUUGUGGUCAUAGUGUUUCCCAAAAUACCAAAUUCACCUAAUUUACAUAAUAAAGACUAAAAUUCAUAUCUAUUGUACAUCCUACAUUCAAAUAAUCAACAAUCUAUUCUUAAUCCAGAACAUUUUUGAUGACAGAAACACUUUUUUCUAUCUAAUCAUAAAUAAAUUCAGGCCAAUAAGACCAAGGUUUCUGCCCAAAAGAAAAACUUCUACCUCACUCAUCCACCACAACGGAUUCGGCCUAUCACCAGUGUUCCCGUGCUAAUACACUGCUCAAACAAAUUUAAGGGCCACUCUUAGAACACGUCGGGCUCAGUCUGAGGUGUAACCUGGUGACGUCGGAUGGACCUAAACAGGAUGUCCCAGAGAUGUUCUAUUAGAUUUAGGCCUGCGGAGCGUGUAGGCCAGUCAGUGGUAUCCAUUCAUCCUCCAGGACCUGCCUGCUUGCUCCUGCCACAUAAGACUUGGUAUUUCCAUGUGCCAGGAGGAACCCAGGACCGACUGCACCGGUGAAGGGUUUACUAAUGGCUCCAGGAGGAUUUCAUUUAGAUACCCAGUGGAAGUCAGGGUGCCAUUGUUUAUCCUGUACAGGUCUGUGCGCCCGUUUAUGGGGGUGACUCCCCUGACCAGCACUGCCCCACCAUCAACUCGAUCAUGCUGAACAAGCAGCUUCUCCAGACCAUUUCAGUUUACAGGGUGUACCUGCUCGCAUCUGUGGGAAAAAAAAAAACAGGGCAUCGGUACCACCGUUCCAAUUGUGGUGGUAUUUGGCAAAUGCCGACUUCAUAAGGUCACCCUCUUGAAGUCAGUUUCUAAUGGUUUGGUCAGAGAUAUUACCGCCAGUGGCCCGCUGGAGUUCACCUUGUAGGGCUCUGACUGUGCCCAUCCUCUUCCUCCUUGCACUAAGGAGCAGAUACCACUCCUGCUGAUGGGUUAAGGACCCCCAAAAGCCUGGUCCAGCUCUCCUACUGUAACCGUCUCCUCGAGUCUCCUCUACGCUCUUGAGCCGGUGCUGGGAGAUACAGCAAACCUUCUGGCAACGGUGGCUAUUAAUGUGCCAUCCUGGUGGAGAUGGACUACCUGUCCAACCUCUGUAAGGUCCAGGUUUCGCCUCAUGCUGCCAGUAGUGACGCUGACCCUGGUCAAAAUGGAAAAACUACUGAAAAAACCGUCCAAAAAAAACAUAAGGAGGGUAAAACGUCUGUGGCCUCCACCUGGAAAAACCGUUCCUGUUUUAGUGGUUGUCUUGUUGUUUCCUCUUUAGUUCACCUGUUGUCAGUUUCAUCACCACCAGAACAGCCGGCGCUGAUUAACAACCUCCUCUACCACUGGCCUGACCAGAUAAAUAACCCACAAGUUUAACCAAUUCGAUAUUAUACUCUGAUUAAAAAGGAUUCCUUUAAAAUUUUUGAGCAGUUUAAAGCAUUGACGAAAAGCAUAGUAUGGCCUCCUUAAUAAAAUAAUAAAAACAUUUUCAUAAUGCAGAAACAUUAUAUAUAUUUUUGAAUUUCAUUUCAGUACUAAGAACAACGUUUGAAGUUAUUUUAAAGAAAUGCAUUUUAAGUGUGUUUUAAACCUAUUAGCGAUCCUCUGUCUUAAAGCUUUGUUUGAUCUUGUGGGAUGUUAGUGAAACCUUAUUUUUAUUAUAGGUGGACAGAGAAGAUAGGAAAACCUUUUGGGUAAAGGGGUUCAGAAGCCAAGCUCCCAAAAGUUGGUGUAGUUUUUAAUCUUUUUUAAUGGUGAGAUACUGUGGUUCUGCCACUGAGAUAGUUUAGUAAAAGAUGCCACAACCAUGAUGACGCUAACGUGGGAUGACAAGCAUCACCAGCCUUGUUAAAGUUGUUGUUCUGCCUACAUAUCAUUGCUUCAGCCGGUCAAUCAAGCUAGACAGCUUAUCCCACUGUUUUGUGCAUUUUUAUUUAUUUUUUUAUUCUCACCCUUUGUCAGUCAUUCCUAAUUCGCUGCCUGUGACUGUAUGCUGUGGUCUUCUAUAAAUGCUUCAAGGCUAAACCACGACCAGCACCGUACUCAUAAAAAAGUUCAUCAUCUUGACGACAUUUGCUCCUUUCGGACGCCCCACUCGGUUGAAGCUGUUGCUUCUUGUGGAGGCUUUGUGAAUUCUAAAUGAAUAUGUGUAAAAGACUUGCAACGCUAAUAUAUAGUAUAAUAUCUCCUCUCUCUUUUCAAUAUAGGUUUGACUAAUCCGCAGUGUGAACUGAUUGGACUGUAGUGUUUCUCUAAUGUGCUUUUCCUUUUAUCUUGUUUUUUUUAAGUGCUGCAGUGAGACGUCUGCUUUAUUUUAGGGUUAUUUUAGGUGAGGUGCCAGAUGUGUCCGAGAAGCCAGCUAAAAGAUUUUAUUUCUCCGCAGAUUGACCCGACGUAUACCUAUCUCGAGCAAAAGCGAAUAUUCAGCGGAAGAAAGCGUUUGAUACGACUGUCUUAUGUCGGAUUGUACAUCAGAAGCGGCGUUUUGAAAGUGAAAACACAAGCCGAUAUUGUUCAGGUUUAUUUUUUUACAUAACGUUUACUUUAGCAAAAAAUAUCAUUUUCCGUAUCUGAGACUUUUAAAGCUUUGGUGUUCCACAACUUUAAAGAGCGCACCGUGUUGCUUUGUUGCAGGUUAGGCCACGCUUUCGGAUGACUUACUUUCUUGAUGUAUAUAAACACAAUAGUUGGCUUUCUCAGAAUUUGCACUCUCUUGUAGAAUACAAUCACAUCUGGAUUGAGGACUGAAUGAUACGAUACGUUGAUGAGUUCUUGGUGUUCUCCCUAAAAGUCUGAAAUAAGAUUUUCAAACUGUGCCAUGAAGCAAAACAGAAAAAAAAGCACAUCUAAACAGCCAGCGUGGGUUUGCCACAAAGCUUGGUGAGAGUUUACUUAAAAAAAAAAAAAAACUAAAGGGUUAUGUUGUACCAGAGGAGUCAGAGGUCUAAAAUCUGCUAUAUUAAUCCAAAUUGUUUCUUCAAUGGUCGUGUUGUUGUGCAGGAGUCAUAGAUACACACACAUCUACAUCUAGCCAGCAUUAAAAUAAAUAUUUCAGGAUCCCAGAAUGUAAAGCUCUAACUUAACUCAUUUGACUGACAAAAAAACUGCACUUGCCAAUAAAACCAAAUACCCAACAACUGCGGAGACGCAAAAUGACACAACUGUCCAAACACCCAUACCUUGUGUAUCUAUGGCUUCUGGCUUUUAAGAAAAUAUUCUUCUGUGUUGAAAAUGUGACAAAAUGAAUCAUGUUGUAUAGACUUUUGGUAAGGCAGCCUUUGAGGUGAAAUGCAUUUGGUUAACUAUAACCUAGACAGUAAAACAAAGUUAAGCUGUGUAUUGCACACUAAAAUCAGCUGUAAGCAAGUAUGCAUGUGACUAUAGUCAAUAAAUAGUGAGUAAAACAACA